AGAACUUUUAAUUAAGUUGGUAAGAGAGUAUACAUAUAUAAAAAUGUUUUUAAUUAUUGUGUUUUGUAGGCCUUAAUUUUAGCUGGCACAGAUACGACAACAGGAACAUUGACUUGGGUUCUUUCAUUACUUCUCAAUAAUCGUGAAAUCUUAAAUAGAGCCAUCCAUGAAUUAGAUACAAAAAUUGGGAGGAGAAAGAUGGUAGACAUAUCUGACUUGAGAGAACUAGAUUAUAUUCAAUCUAUCAUCAAGGAAACAUUGCGCUUGUAUCCACCUGCACCACUUAAUGUUCCUCAUGAAUCCAUAGAGGACUGCAUUGUGGGAGGAUAUCAUGUGCCAAUUGGCACACGUCUCUUGACUAACAUUUCAAAACUUCAACGAGAUCCAUUGUUUUAUCCCAAUCCAUUAGAGUUUUGUCCAGAGAGAUUUCUAACAACCCACAAGGAUAUAGACAUCAAGGGUCAACAUUUUGAAUUGAUUCCAUUUGGCUCAGGCAGAAGAAUGUGUCCUGGAAUCUCCUUUAGUCUUCAAGUUAUGCAACUAAUGCUUGCUACUCUAUUACAUGGGUUUGACAUUGUAAUUUCUGAUGGAAAACCUAUUGAUAUGCGAGAACAAAUUGGGCUAACAAACACCAAGGCAUCUCCGCUCCAAGUCAUUCUUACACCACGUCUUCCUACUUAUAUGUAUGAUGAAAUUUAAAUGGUCGAAAAUAAUAGAAAGUAUAUUGGGGAUAACCUACAUGGAUAACAACAUUAUGACUAGUCCACUUAAGGGUAUCUCUUCCAAAAAAAAAUUUCUUCAUUUAGUUUGUUAGUUAUUAAUGUUUGUGUAUAAAAAGGCUCGAUCUUACUCGUUAAAUAAAUUCUUUUCACAUAGAGGACUUAGAAUUGUCAUUGGGAUGACUUGUGUCUCUUAUGAGUAUAAAAAUUUAUUGUAUUGCUUU